UAACACUGACACACGGAAGUGACAAACUAAUACGCGUGUGAAUCUCAACAAGCCAGUGCUUGUUGAUGCUAGUCUAAUGUUUACUAUCCAGAACGCGCUUUUUUAAGGGAAUGCACGUGUACUGUUUGUAACUAAAAUGGAGUACAUUUUAAUUUUAAUACUGAGUAUUUGAACUGCGCGUUUUGCCAAUGAUUUCAGGAGUGUGAGUCGCGGAAUUUAUGACAGACGUCCACAAUAAUAUAACAAUGGACAAUGGGAAUAUCAUGGACUUGUUUAACAGGGGAAGGCCAGUCAGAGUAUGUGCACCCAUGGUCCGUUACUCAAAGUUGGCUUUCAGAUGUUUAGUGAGGAAAUAUGACUGUGAUGUAUGUUUCACCCCAAUGAUCAUUGCAGCUGAUUUCAUGCGCUCUGCAAAAGCCAGAGACAGCGAAUUCACCACCAAUAAGACUGACCGACCCUUAAUUGUCCAGUUUGCUGCGAAGGACGCACAGACGCUGGCAGAUGCUGCAUGUGUGGUUUCCCCUUUCUCAGAUGGGGUGGAUUUGAACUGUGGCUGUCCGCAAAGGUGGGCCGUGUCUGAAGGCUACGGUGCGUGUCUGAUUAACAAACCUGAGCUUGUGAAAGACAUGGUUAGGCAUGUCCGAAACCAAAUAGACAACCCCAACUAUGCAGUAUCCAUUAAAAUAAGGAUUCACAAAGACCUCAGGAGGACAGUGGAUCUCUGUCAGAAGGCUGCGGCAGCAGGUGUCUCAUGGAUUACAGUUCACGGGCGUACAGCCGACGAGCGGCACCAGCCUGUUCAUUAUGAUGCCAUCAAGACCAUCAAGGACAGUCUUUCCAUCCCAGUCAUCGCUAAUGGUGACAUCAAGAGCAUGCAGGAUGUGGAGGCCACCUACGCCCUCACAGGGGUGGAUGGUGUGAUGGCUGCUCGGGGGUUGCUGGCCAAUCCUGCCAUGUUCGCAGGGUACGAGGAGACCCCACUGCAGUGUGUGUGGGACUGGGUGGACACCGCUGUGGAACACGGGACCCCGUUCAGCUGUUUCCACCAUCACCUGAUUUACAUGCUGGAACGCAUCACCUCUCAGCCCGAGAGGAGACUGUUCAAUAACUUAUCCAGUACGUCUGCGGUCAUUGACUUCCUCCACAAUACAUACGGCUCCACAUAGUUGUUUUUAAUCAAUGUAUUCUUUUAUAAGUUGUAAUAAAGGCACAAAUAAAGAACAUCUUAUUAUUUGCCUGAAAA